AUGGACAAAAUACCAGAUACUGCCCAGCAUUUUAUAGAGUGUGACAACAAGUUAUGCAGAAACUACUCUGAAUUUUACUGCAAUACCUGUUAUCAGAGAAUGUGCGGCUUGUGCAGAGAGAUACAUCUAAAGGAAAUGACUAAUAGAAAGCAUCAUGUAGUUUCUUUUCUUGAGAGAAAGAGAAAACGUCCCUCAGAAAAUUGUCAGAUCCACAUCAAUGCAGAUUUAAAUGUCUAUUGUGACGGUUGUCAGAUUCCUGUUUGUCCUGCAUGCUUUGCCCGAGAACACAGUGAUCAUGAAAAGAGUGACAUUGAAACUGUUUACAAUAACAUUCUACUGCAAUGUCAGAAGGAACAUACUAAUAUUUUGAGAACGGUUAUUCCUAAUGCUGAAAAACAUCGUGACUCCUUUUGUGAAAGAGAAGAAAAUGCCAAGCAAGAAAUUUUAAAGUUGAGGUUAUGCAUGAAAAAGAGAGCCGACGCAUUGAAGAAAGCCGCAUACUCAAUACUGGCUGUCAGUAAUGAAGAGUUGGACAAAAUUGAAAAAUCUAUUUUACAAGAUCUGAAAAAACAACAGAAGAAUACAGAUGAUUACAUUGAUGACCUGCAAAAAAUAGUUAUAGACUAUGAGAGUAAAAUGUCAUCAAUAAAACUCACUGAACUGAUAGAAUUCCACACAAAUAUGUCAAUAGUUAAGCUGAAGAUGCCUAAGCUCACACCGAUAUCACUUCCAGUGUUCAUUCCGGGUACAAUUAACAAAGAAGAAUUAGCCAAACAGUUCGGUGAAGUAAAAAAAGAAUCAUUUGAAGAAAAGCUUAGUAAAACGGCCAUGAAACUUUCCACUUCUUUCACAAUAGCAGUAGAAGUUGCUCUCCCUAAAUUAAGUGAGAUUUGUCAUUUAUCUUCCAUGACUUCUAAUAAAUUUUGGGCCAGUGAUUACAGAGGAAACCUUAUUGAGUCUGACUUGAAAGGAAAAAUCUCACAAAAAAUAAAGAUCAACACAUGUGGUGUCCCAGGUAAUCACGCAGUCACAAAAGAAAGAAAACUAAUUUACACAGAUACACUAAAAAGAGCCGUCUACAGAGCGAGCAGUGGCAUGGUAAAUGAAAAGAUAAUAAGCACAGGGAACUGGGUACCAGAAGCUAUCUACUCCUCUCAUAUCAAUGGACAUAUAUUGGUGGGGAUGAGAAGACAAGAACACAAAAGAAUCACUCGGUACAAUGAGGAAGGGAGGAAGCUCCUAGAUAUUCAGAUGGAUACUAAAGGUCAAAGGCUAUACCAGGGUAUAUAUUACAUAACAGAGAAUAUAAAUGGUGACAUUUGUACAUCAGACAACGGAAAGGUGGUGGUUGUGACCAGAUUGGGAGACUACAGAUUCACUUACUCUGGUCACCAGUCUCAGUCUAGAUUCGAUCCAUAUGGAAUUUGCACAGAUAUCCUUGGGCAUAUCAUAGUGUGUAAUGGUUCUGAUUAUUCUAACGAGAAUCACUCCAGUGUCCACCUGUUGGACCACAAUGGUCAGUUCAUUUCUUUUCUACUCACACCAGAUCAAUGUCCGUACAAACCUUGUGCUCUUUGUGUUGAUGAUCAACAUAAUCUCUGGGUUGGAUAUUGGAGAAGUUCCACUGCCACUGUGUACAAAUAUCUCCGUAACACAAACAAAUAA